UCCACCCUCUGUGGGGACAUGGUGCCACACCUGCACAGUGCCAGCCCACAGGCCCUCACCAACCUGGCCCCCAGCAUCCAGGGGUCCAUCCCCCAGACCCUCACCAGCCAAGUCUCCAGCCCAGCUGGAGAGGCCAAAGACAGCACCCUCUGCUGUUCAGAUUCAAAUGACCAGGAACCAGAGAAAGUGCUGCUGACAGCCUCAGUGAAGCAGCAGCCAGUGAAGUCAGUGAAUGGAUACUACCAGCUGACUGGUGUAGUCUCUCAUUUGGGAGGCUCCGCAAACUCCGGGCACUACAUUAGUGACAUCUUGCAUGCCAGUGGAAACUGGUUCUGCUGUAACGACAGCCAGGUGUCAAUGUCCAAUGAAGCCACUGUGCUGAGGACCAGAGCCCGGAGUGCCUACAUGCUCUUCUAUAUGUUCAGGUACUGCUUACUCUCACCAUCUAUAUUCUUGUGUUGCUAUAUAUGUGUACGGUUCCUUUCACCCUACAGGGCAAGAGAGCGGGAGGCCCCAGCACACAGGGCCUAACAUGGCCACCUGCACCAGCCCCAGCCUAAA